AGCGGAUGUUUCCCCGCAGUUUAGUUGUUUCGCUACUCUGUUAUCAAAAUGAAGUGGUGUUUGCUAACGGUUUCGAUCGCCGCACUCCUCCAGUCGUCGAUUUGUUCCGGAAAUUGGGAAAAAUCAACUUAUGGAGUUGGAUAUGAGUUGGUUCAAUCGCGACUGGAUGGAAUGCAAUUGAAAUUGACAGAACUUCUUGAAAAGUUCGAAGUUUUGCUGAACCAACAGGUUUCAACCAAUAAACGCAUCAAAGAAUUGACAACAAGUUUGGAAUCACGCAGUUGUAGCCAAACGUCAACAAACGUCACCAUUCCGACCGGUUGCGUCACAAUCCGUAGUUAUUUCGCGGACAAAUACCUGGCCGUCUCGUCGAACUACGAUUCCCAGCGGCGCCAGCUGGCCCUGCAGAGCAACCCCGAGCAGUGGACACUGGUCCGGGAGUCCGGCUUCUACCGGAUAACGCGCCGCCAGGGUCAGGAAGAUUUAUACGCCGCCAUGGAGGACCUGGCUUACGAUGCCCAGCGGCGUCGGAUUUUCACCUGGAUUCCCGGCUUUGGCGAUAAUCAGGGCAAAUGGGAGAUUGAGGAGGCGGCCGGCUUCGCCGGGAUGGUCCACAUCCGGGCUGGGUACUUUGGCGAGUACCUUUAUGCGGCGGAUUUUGAUAAUCAAGUUUUCACUUGGAUUCCGAAGGGAGCGCCGGGAAAGGACUCGCAGUACCUUUGGCAGAUUGAGCAGUGUUGAAUUCUCGAGUUUUUGUCUCGAGAAUUGUUUAUGUAGUUAAAUGUUGAUGACAGUUCAUCAAAAGCAAUGAAGGUAAUAAAUAUGAUAUAAAUGGUUAUUGGAA